CUCCCAAGUUUCUCAGUCCCUCUACAAGCCUCUGCUCGUCUACAGAUCGGUCCAUCUCAACCAACCUUUCCCGAUUUUCAUUUACAAAACUAUAAAUAUAUAACCACACCCAGCGUCAGUGGGUCAUAAUGGGUCUCAAGAGUGCAGUUUUGGUAGUCCUGGCCCUCGUCGCCAUCACUUCCGUCGGGGGGGAAGGGGUCCAAGUUGCCCAUGCGAGCACGAGCGAAACGGAUGCUUCUGGAACAACAACCACGGUGGUCCAGUCAGCCCAAGCUACAGAUGGGGGUGGAGCUGCUGCUGCUGCUGGGGGGUCAGAAAAUGAUAUCAUCGCUGCCACUAUCGCUAAGGCGCUGGGCGACAAUCCUGCCCUGGCUGCUGCUGCUGCUAGUUAUCUGGGAAGUGGGGCCCUCGGAGGAGGGGUAGGAGGAGCCAGGGCUGCAGGUUACAACUAUCCACCACCCCCAGCAGUUGGUGGUCCUGGUGGAGUUGGUGGAAUUGGCGGAAUUGGCGGUGGUGGAUUUCCAUACUUGCCAUGGGGAGGCGGAUUUGGAAAAGGCUUGCAUCUCAAUUUGGACGCUGGAGCUGGAUUUGGAGGAAUCGGGCCUUACUAUCCCAUCAUUGAAAAGGUCAUCGUGAUUGUGGGGGGAGGCAUCUUAAUUUUGCUCAUCAUUGCGUUCAUCCAAGGGUCUCUCUCACCCGGAGGCUUCCUUCACGCUCUGGGAGGAUCUUUUUCGAAGGCCAUCGCCGGCUCAGCGGCCAUCGACGUGGGACCCAUUCACAAGAGUGCAGCCGGGGCAGCAUCUUUCAACCUGAAUGAUGGUUUACAAAUUGGGGGAGGACGACUGAACGACCCAAGAUUUAACCAACAGGUUCAAAACUCAUUCGAUCGCAAAUUCUGAUCCAUCCUCAUGCUAGUUUAGUGCAUAGUAAUCAAUCAUCAUGUAUGUAUUAAAUAUAUUCGUCCUCGCGAAAUUUAGGUAACUUGUAGAAGUUAGACAAGUUUAAACAAAUAAAAGGUUGAUUGUCAAAUAAACAUUUACUAAUAUAUGUGUCCGCCCUGUA